GCUGACACUCAUUCUACUCUCAGCCCUGUUGGAUACUGGCUGUCAGAAACCCCUGGCUCUCUUGUGACGCCCUCCGAUACAUGAAGACCACCAUGGAUGUCAAAGUGCUGACUGUAUUGACCCUGCUGUCCGUUGCCAUGGAUGUGCCCCUCUCUACAGCCAAGCCCAUUAGCCUGGUGGAGAGGUGCUGGUGUCGCUCAACCCUGAACACCGUCCCGCAGAGGAGCAUCAGGGAGCUCAAGUUCCUCCACACGCCCAACUGCCCCUUCCAAGUCAUUGCCAAGCUGAAGAACAACAGGGAGGUGUGCAUCAACCCAGAGACCAAAUGGCUGCAGACCUAUCUGAAAAAUGCCAUUAACAAGGUAAAGAAGUCCCGAAGGCGUGCUCAGUAAAGGGGCUCCUCCACACCGCCCUCUCAGGCCUGCAGUGCCCCAAUCCCAGGCCAUCUGCACCCCAAACCUCCUCUACUAUACAGAUAUGGAACUCCACAUGCUGUAGCCACAAGUCUCUGCUCCAGGACACUCUGGAACCCUCCGGAAUGCUCCGGAACACUCGCAGAUCAAGCACUUCACCGCCAGACAGACUGUGAUGCCUUCCUGGUGCAAGCCGCGUCACUGCCACUGACCCACCCACGCCGCAAACACCUCUCCUCACGUCGUUAGCACUGAGUGCAAUUAAGCCUAGUUAUAUCGGAAUGUGCGAGUCUGUGUGAAGAGUGUGUGAGCACAAGUGAAUGUAUUUUUGCUUUAUUCACUAUGCUUUUUUAAAGUGUCACUCUGGAUAAGGGCAUCUGCUAAAUGACGCGCGCAUGCGUGCGUGUGUGUGUGCGCGCGUGUUUGUGUGUGUG